CUCGUAAGACAAGCCAGGUUGUGGAGAGGGGUGUUCGACGUCGAGCCUUCAGCACCGUGAGAUUCUUGUGAGAUCUUCUGGAAGCCUGGAGAAUUUUUGUCCGUUGAAGAGAAAAAGGGGGUUGGGGACUCAGAUUCCUGCGUUCUGAGGAAAGAGAAGGCCGGGGGCCAGGACUCUUGGAUCACAGAUCCUGAUCGGCUCUUCCAAGCCUCUCUAGAAGAAGCCAUGGGAACCCGUCCUCUCCAGGGUUGGCUGUUGCUCUUUCUCCUGGGAGCCUCCCCCUUGAGCUUGGCACAAAAUUUGUAUUGUCACCAGGGUGUAUACAUAAGUAUAGAAGAUGAUCCAAGACAUGCAUUUAACUGGACCACUGGGAAAGUUGAGGCUUGUGACAAUGGGUCAUUUUGCCAGGAAUCUGUGCUGUUGAUUAAAGCAGGGAACAAGACAGCAGUUUUGGCCUCUAAGGGCUGCACCACAGAAGGGUCACCGGCAAUGACGUUUAUCCAGCACUCUCCACCGCCCGGCAUAGUCACAGUCUCCUACAGUAACUACUGUGAGGAGUCCUUUUGCAACGAUAUGGAGGACUUACUUCAGAUAUGGAAGCCAGAACGUAACGAAGUUCCCAGGGUGACGGCAAACCUCCACUGCCCAACCUGUGUGGCUUUGGGGACCUGUUUGAAUGCUCCUUCUCUUCCCUGUCCUAAUGAUACGACUCGAUGUUAUCAAGGAAAACUUCAGAUCAUUGGAGGAGGCAUCAACUCACCUUUGGAGGUCAAAGGCUGUACAUCCGUGAUUGGUUGCAGGCUGAUGGCUGGGGUCUUUACAGUAGGACCCAUGUGGGUGAAGGAAGUAUGUCAGUACCCGUCUCUCAUUCAGCCCCGAAAAGCUGAAAAUGGGGCCACCUGGCUUCUCUUUUCGGUUUGGAGGUUAGAGCUGUUGCUGCUGCUGUUACUGCAAUCAGUUGUCCAUUGUUCCUGAGGAGGCACUUCUGGUCCAGAGUCAAAGGAUCUCUUUUUACUGGGAACCUUCUGACUGCUGGUCAUCAACAAGUUGAGGAGCGGGUGCAGAUUUGAAGAACAGAGUGUUCCUGUGGAUUUAUUUGACAUUUCUAAUAAAGUUUCUGCUGUGAUUUGUGUAUGA